AUGAAAAAGCCUGAUUUAAUCGUCUGUGAAAAAAUUUGCGAGAAAUUUUGCAAUAAACAACAAAACACCCAGACAGAGUAUCUUGUUCCAGGUGACGGCAGUCUUGUUAAAGACGCGAUUAAAGUCGGUACAGACGCGGUUAAAGCCGGUUACUGCUUUGUGGCCGGUUGCAGUAACUGA